AAAUCUCACAAUGUAGACUGCUGUAUUGAGUAAUAUUAUGACAGUUUACUUUCCGUGUGAACUGCAUCCAAAAAAAUAAAUCCCUAUCAGCCAGUGCGGGGCCGACCAAUUCUGAAAAGUCAACCCAUUUCAAGGAUACCUUCAUCGUCUAGAAUAACUCCUCUUUCCCACUUACAUAUUAGCUACUAUGCACUGGGAGUACAUUCCUAUAUCAAUACGAUGCAUCCGCGACAACUCGGAACAGGCAAUGUCUGGAGUCCACAUCAUUAUCAAGUCUGAACCCAACAAUACUAUAAUUGAUGAUUUCAUAUUAACUAUAAACCAUAUAGACGAUGUCUCAGACUACACUCUUUUAGUCAACCAUGUCCAUGAAGACAUAGUCUAUUGGUAUAAAUGCGUAAUCAUAAGCGAAACUAAAGUGGACACUGAUCCAUUCCUGUAUUUCUUAAAUCAUGGAUUUAAUUUGUUUCCCCGGGAUCAACUUGGCUCUUCACAAAUUACCAUCUUGAAAUUGGUCCUUGCUUCACGACAUGACUAUUUCAAUGAAGUGGUUCACGCAAAGAUGUUACCAUUCACACUUGGACAGGUUGGGGUAGGUGAUCAUGUCAAAAUCGUGUCAUCGCCAUUCAACUUUACUAAUCUGUUGAUAUUUAACCAAUUUGUGAGUGUGGGGAAUAUCAACUAUAAAUUAGACAAGUUUUUCUUGACGGAUGUGAAAUACUUGGAAAAUAUGAAUGGCGGGGUAGUGGCAACCAAAUCUAACCAAUCGCUUGGAUUAAUAUUUGGUAAUUUACGCAAACUCAAUGGCGAUGGAGAUUUAACGGUUAUCAUCCCCUGGAAAUAUGUCUUUACUUUAAUUAAACAUUUCCUUCCACCGCCACAAUCAGUGCGGCGGGCUGCUAACCCUAAACUAAAUCCCAAGCCUAAAUUGUCCAGUGCCAUUACUUCAGUUAUUCCUUUAAUUAUUAUCAGUUCCAAGGGUGUCUCCUCGUGGGCUACAUGUAUCUAUUAUAAUUACCAAACAUUAGUCACUAACAGACAUGUAAUUGAACCAUUUUUAAACGAUGGGACUUGUCAAAUUAUUUUCAAUGAUCAUGCCAUACAACUCACGCGGAAAAAUCUUGUCAUUGUACCCCAUGAAGAUAUCGAUCUUGCAUUUAUCUUUGUAAACACAAGAUAUCUUGAUGAUUACACAAUUGUUGAUCCUAAGUUCGAUUUAGAUGUUGGUGAAGUGGUGCAUACCUUGAGCUAUGGACUUUUCUUUAAUCCCAACUAUAUCCAUCCUAUACAAUCUGAAGGCAUUGUUAACUGUGUUUACGAACUACCAGUGAAGGAAGAUUCAGACUUGCAUGUAAACAGUGUGAUUAUCAGUUCGGCUUCUUCGUGGAACGGCUCAUCUGGUGGAGGCCUAUUCAACAAUACUGGUGAAUUUCUUGGUCUCAUUUGUUCAAAUGCCCAGGUAAAACAGCCAGUGUUACCAGAUUCAUGUGAUAUGACUGAGAAGUUGCCCAAGUUUUCCUUUAUACUACCCGUUGAUAUAAUUGAAUAUUUUUACAAUGAAAUCAUAACGCACGGAAUAACUACAGUUGAUAUCAGCGAUAAGAUAUCAGAUAUUUGGAAAUUGAAAUCAUUUCAUCAUGAUAUAAUUAUUGAACCUGCAAAAUUAUAAACACAUGUACAGUUAUAUAUACAUUUCUUAUUUUUUUUUAUUUUAAUCCUUUUUAAUAUCGGUAACUACAUCUCUUGUUCGUAAAUCACUAGGAAGAAUUGGCGGUAAUACCAACAAAUCCUUUUGCGUGGGCACAUUGUUGUUGCUGGCAGAUAAUAUCGGUGGUGGUGGAGGGUACGUUGAAUAACUUGAAUAGUUAACCUUGUUCAUAUUCAGAAUCAGCUGUUGCAGUGAGAUGGGCGUCAUGGACAUUUGCGUCAGGUAUUGCAGAUGUUUCAUGCUCGUCAUUGAACUUGAAUUCGACAUCAUGAUAGGUGAUUUUGAACCUUCAUUAGGAUUCGCCAUGGUUUGUCCCAAUACCCCAAGCGUAAUCGAAUUUGAACGCUUCAUACGGGUAUCGUAUUCGUAUGGUGGUGGAAUAGUAUAGUUUAAUGAAGGAACCGAAGACAUAUGAUGUUGGCGGGUUUUUUCUUGAAUGAAUUGCAAACUUUGACUGGAGUGAUAUUCAUUUAUAAACUUAUUCAAGUUGAGUUUGAAUAUGGACAAGUUGUUGUUAAAGUUGACAUUCUGAGAUGUGAAUGUCUUGACGAAGUUCAACCAAUUUUCCAAAAUGGAAUCAAACUUCAUCUUCAAAAUCCAGAACCACUUGGCAUUGAAUUGGAAAGUGUCCACGUUGGUCGUUUGUGCCUGAGUUUGAUCGAUUCUCGACAAGAUGCUCGAUUUGUUGUCAAUUAACAAGUAGAUUAAGUUCUGCAAGAUAAAAUUAUCAUCGAAUAAUUCCAGAUUAUUCCAAAUUAUAAUUAAGAUCUUAUUCAUGAUCAAGUACCAUUCAAUAAUAAACACAUUAAUAUUUUGCAAUUGUAAAUAAUUAUAAUUCUUCAACUCAAUCAAGUUUAAAUUGAGGUAGCUGCUAAAGAAUAUCAACGGAUAUGAUAUGAUUGACAAAUUAUUGUUUAUGUCAAAUGAAUUACUCUUGUAGUUGAAAAAAGACAUUAAUGAAAGUUCCAAAUUUGACAUAUUCAUAGGAUCUAAAAGACAGUCGUUUAUUUGCUUUGUCAAUUGUACACCAUUGAUUUCUUGCAAGGUCAAAUAAAGCAAUUCCCAAUUGUAAUACUUUACCGGAAUGAACAAGUAGUUGUUCAAUAACUCGUGAAAUUUCAACGGACUCGAAAUAAUGACGUUUUUCUUGAACAAUUCAAACAACUUGACUGAAGUAUCAUCAUUAUUAUUGGUUAAAUGUAAAUUUAUCGACUUGUUGAUUAAAAUUAUCGAAUUGUGCAAGACAUUUUUGGAAUCAUAUAAAAUUGAUUUUGAGUCUGUUUGAUUAUGGUGACAUUUUAACUCAUUAGCAAAAGUGGCAACAAUAAUCAGUUU